UAACUGCGGUAUUAUUAUUAUUAUUAUUAUUAUUAUUAUUAGCAACAGCAACUGUAGUAGUAUUGCUAGGGGACAUUUAUUUUGACAAACUCUUAUCAAACCCGGAAGUACACAAGAGACGGUAAAACAUUCUGUUAGACUGCAAAAGAUAUGAAGAAGAAAGAACUGAGUUAGAGAUGCAAACUGGGAACGUGACACUGGAGAACUUGCUGGGGAAAACAUCUGGAAAAGUGCACCGUCCCCUAAUAAAUUAUCUGGAAAAUACUGGGAUAAGUGAGAGACUUUAGUAAUUUAGUAUGAAUAUCUAGUAUAUCUUUAUUUAUUUAUUUAUUUAUUAUUACUUUUUCCCCCUGCCAAGCUGCUGCUCAUACUCUAGUCCAGUAGGUGGCGGUAAUGCACCUUAAGUUGGUUUGCCAACUGCUAUUAAAACCAAAAGAAAAAGAAGAAGAAAACCAGAUGUAAAAUGAGCUAAUUUGUUGGUGUAACGCCGCAUAAAGACGCAUGGCUUUGUAGCUUUUGUUGUUCUUUCUUUCUUUAGUCAACGCACGAGAAGCAUCCAAUUAGAGUUGUUGAGUUUAUGUUGGUUCCUGCACAGCACGUGGUCCCUGAGAAGCAGAAACGCUUUCAGUAGAGAAACCGCUAGCAUAUUUUAAAGAAACAGUAAGCUAUGGAUAAUCUUCAGUCGGAGCUGUAUAUUCCAGACGCAGAUCUGAACGAUGAGACUUCGGAGGAUGAGAGAAGUCAUACGUCAGUGAAACAGGCCGGUUUGCUGCUCGUCUAUCCCAUUAAAGGGACAAAAAUGUGUAAAGAAAGUGGAUUCCAUAAAACUACAAGGUUAUGUCUUCAAGCCAUUAGAGAUGCCCUUCUGCAUCAUCGCUGGCAAGAAGCUGUGCAGUAUUUAGAUGUUUACACUCAAACACUGGAAGACACCACAGUUAGCAAGCAGUCAGUAGCCUGUGAGAUUAUUUGGAGACUUGGCACUGAAGUCCUCCAGCAUCAUCCAAAGAAAGAACUGGAACAUUUUAAUGUUCUUUAUGAGCGGAUGAAAAACACUGGAGUGAAAAAUUUUGCUAAGAUCUGUUUGGAACAUGCUUUCCACCUUCUGUUGAACGGCCAGAUUCACAAUGCCAAACAGCAGCUAUCGGUCGCAAUGAGCUGGAGGUAUGGCAAGCAUUCUGCAAGUCAGGGUCUGGAGUUAAAGCUCAUCCAUGCGUACUGCGGCUUUCUGGAUUAUUUGCUCUGGUCUUCAAAGAGGCAGGCCUUCUCUGAUACAGAGGAUUGCGGAAAUAACCAUGAGAUGCACAGCCACUUCAGACAAGCCUCUGUGACUCUGCAGGAAAUCAUCAAACAGCCAGGAGUGUGGGACCCUUUUGUAUAUGGUUGCGUUGAUAUGCUCGAGUUCUACAACGAUGAAGAAGAAGCUCUGAAGUUACUGCAAAACUAUGCCUAUAACGAUGAAUUUCCAUCAAACCCCAAUGCUCACAUUUACUUGUAUAAGCAUCAGCUGAGACAUAAAGCUUCACCAGCACAACUUAUUAAAACUCUAAAGGUACUGCACUCAUUGGUUCCCAGCCAUGAGCUGAUGCUGGAAUAUUGCACUCUGUUGAUUAAGUCAGGACAACAGAAAAAUCUGCAGCACGCUCUUAGUGUUGCUAUGAAUCUUCUGGAACAUGCCUGCUGGAAGACUGACGUGAAGGCAUGGACCUGUCUGCUUCAUGUUCUCAGUUGCGUCAAAAGAAGAAAAAACCUUAAGAAACUUAUCAAAGAAGAGUGGCAACGCAGAAAAGACCUCUGGUUGAAAAUGCAUUUCAAAACCUUCCAUAGCAGGAAGGACUCUGAAGCACUUAUGAGUGUCAAAGUGAAAGUACUGCUCCGCGUGGGCCUGUAUAACACACGCUACAGUAUGAAGUACUAUAAAGAUCAGAAGAAAAUGAUGGCUCAACAAGAAAAAAGUGAAGAACAUGAUGUUUUGAAAGUGAAGGGAAACAAAGGAAAAAUUAGCGAAAAAGCAAGGAAAAGAAAGAAGAAAUAAAGAGAAACGAUUGCUUUCUAUGCAUCUGUGUAUAUAAUCUCAGAAAAAAGGUUCGAGAAAUUUUGAUAUGACAACGGAUUUUCUACAGAAACAUUGCCAACCACUGUCCUGUAGUAACCACAGUUUUUGCAAGUCUUUGCCUCCAUUCUUCUAAUAUACUGUAUGCACGUGGUUGACGUGGAAGCUUGAGGAACACUGCUGGGUUGAUGUGAGCAUCGCAAAAUGGUGUGGCAUGCUGCUUGGCUGGGAAGUGGUGGUGGCUGAGGGUACAGGGACCACAGACACAAGGAAUGUGGUGUGACAAAAGUGCUGGGCCCACAGGGAUUAACAUGGGCUGGCUCCGUGAUGCAUGGAGGUCGAGGAAGCGGCUGUUUCUGGGGAGCCCACUUUGGUCAGGCCCUCUCGGGUAGGUCUGGGGGACAUGGAUGUGAUGUGCCUCUUAUAUCUUGCUUGACAUUUAUCUAUCUGUAACAUUAAAAUUACACUGUGUCAGUUGACAGCCAACCUAUAGAUUACAUUGUAUGGCUGUUUUCCUGUGAACGUUUGCCUGUACAUACCCUCUUAAACAGGUCAUGCCACUUCUUCAUGCCACUUCACUGGCAUGUUUUCUCUUAUAAAGUUGCACAAAUUCUACCGUUAUGAUUUUAAAACAGACCUGGUUUCUUUCAAUUUCCAUUUGUACCAUCUUAGUUUUUUGCUUGGUGACUUUUGCCCAUGACUUGCCCACUGUAGGUUCUGACAAGUGUUUAUGAAGCUUUGAGCCAAUAGGCAAAAUGAAAGUUUAAUAAGUAAUAAUAAAAUUGUAAUAUAUAUAACAUUUAAAAUAAAUCAAUUAAAAUGGACAAUAAAACAGCUUUCUUCUCUAACAAAA